UAAUCCAGUCUGCAAAUAGCUCCUGAACCAGAAGCACGCCGUCGGCCGUCGCUGCAAACUGCUGCCGCCACCACAUCAUAACCGAAACUCCGAUGCACUGCUGCAGUUUCCAUCCGCAUCACCGCCGUUCAGUUGUCCACCGGCCCUUUAAGCUCACGGAAAUCAAGCGAGUAAGCUAGUACGUUAAAGAUGUGGGUACGUUGUAGGAACCCUCUUAAUUAUCUGGAGGCCUUCCAAAAGUACAAAAAAACACCAUGGAUUCUCCAAACUUCUGGAUUUUCAGAUACCCCUUUCAAAAAACCAAAGCUUGCACCCUUACAGGAACGUAGAAUGAUAGACCGCCGUAGGCUGUGUGCUAAAGGUGGAGACGGUGGUAAUGGUUGCGUUAGCUUCCACCGCAGUCGACACGUGCGUCAUGGGAAAGCUGAUGGCGGCAAUGGAGGAAGAGGCGGUGAUGUGAUUCUAGAAUGUUCCCCAACAAUUUGGGAUUUGAGUAGCUUACAACAUCAUAUUAACGCAAAGAGAGGGGGGCAUGGGGCUUCAAAAAAUAAGAUAGGAAGCCGAGGAGAUGACAAGGUUGUUCUAGUACCUGUUGGCACCGUACUUCAUCUCGUUGAGGGUGAGACGCCCUCUAUGGUUGCAAAGGGAUCCUCGGCGCCUUUGAACCCGUGGGAUGUUCCUACAACUCUCGAGAGUAAUGACAAUGAAACGAGCGUACCUAAAGUUCCUUCAAAUACGAGUAGCAAAAUCAAGUCUCAUGUUGGUUUGAAACACUUUGACUUUUCAAAUGAAGAAAAAGUAAGUUCCUGUCAAGUGACUUGCAAUGGUGUAUCUGAAUCAGAUGAAACGGAAGAAUCCGAACAAGAAGAAGAACAAAUUGACUAUAAUGUUGCGGAGUUGACCGAACCAGGUCAAAGGAUAAUUGUAGCUCAUGGGGGUGAAGGUGGUUUAGGUAACGUCUCUCUCUCAAAAUCUUAUAAAAAAUAUAGUCAUAAAAAGCACGACGGGUUAGAAAAGGCUGACGACAUUGAAGUACUAGAAGACGAAAACGACGAUACUUCAUCACUCACAACCGGAUCUCCCGGUUCAGAGUCGGUUCUCAUAUUAGAACUCAAAAGCAUAGCCGACGUCGGUCUAGUGGGAAUGCCAAACGCGGGUAAAAGCACACUUCUAGGAGCAUUAUCUAAAGCACAACCAAGAAUAGGCCAUUACGCCUUUACAACAUUAAGGCCCAAUUUAGGAAACUUAACUUACGAUGAUGUAUCAGUCACUGUUGCUGAUAUUCCCGGACUUAUAAAAGGGGCCCACGAAAACCGUGGGCUCGGGCAUGCGUUUCUCCGCCAUAUAGAACGGACUAGAGUUCUCGCUUAUGUUCUCGACUUGGCUGCUGCAUUAGACGGUAGAAAAGGGGUCCCGCCAUGGGAACAAUUAAGAGAUCUGAUUCUGGAGCUCGAGUUUUACAAUGAGGGUUUGUCGGAUCGACCCGCGUUGAUUGUGGCUAAUAAAAUCGAUGAGGCGGGGGCCGAAGAGGUGUAUGAUGAGUUAAGAAGAAGGGUGUGUGGUGUAAACAUAUUCCCGGUUUGCGCGGUUUUGGAAGAAGGCGUGGCCGAGCUAAAAGAUGGUCUUAGGAUGCUGGUAAAUGGUGAGGACUCCAAUAGAUUAACAUUGGAUGGCAUUGAUGUUGAUUAGGAUGAGUUUUGUGUUUAUUACAAAAUUAGUGACAUUGGUUUAGUGUCAAAUAAAUCUGACUUUUUGAUGUAACAUUAUCAUUUUGUUUACAACUGUCUUACGUUGAAGGUGCUGUGACUUCUUCUGGGGUCAAAGUUAUAAAAGUAAGGAAUUUUUGUUGUGUACGAAUCA